GAAAAGGAAAGCCAGGGCUGCCAGGGUUUGGACUUCUACAAUUCCUCCGAAACCCUCCACACUCGCGAUUCCUCUCCACAAUCUGGGAUUCAAAAAUGAGUGAUGUCUUAUAUUGUUUUGUUUUUCUGGUUGCUUUGAUGACUUACAUCCCGGACUGUUACGAUUAUGGGUAAGAGUAGGAUUGGGAGUGAUAACGAUUGAACCACUUUUAGUCUCAAGCUACUUUUAUUGGUCGUUUUGAAGGAAAAUCACCUAGUUCCAGGAGAAAAGGAAAAAAUUUGCUAAGGAAAAUUAUUAGUAGCACUUUCAUUAGUAGAAUUUUACUUAUUAAUACCAUUUUUCUUUUUCAUGUUUGGUUUACAUGAAAUGUACGAAAGAAAAUUUAAACAAAAUCAAAUAUGAUUAAAAUUAUUUAAAAACUUAUGCAUUUUCUAUUUUCAAAUAUUUCAUCAAAAUAAUUUAUUAACUUUAAAUCCAUUUUGUAUUUUCCUUCACCUCCCUAUUUUUCUUCCUUAUUUUCUUUGCUCGGCAUUCUCUUAAAAUUUUCAAAAACCAAACAUAAGGUUUUUGUUUGGAUAUAAGCCAAAAAGCGUUUUGAUAUUAUUUUUAAUAAUGUGUUAUAUAACAAAAAAAAAAAAAAAAAGUGAUUUUUGAAAAAAUUACCUGGGAGGUGAUUUCAAAUGAUUAUUUAGAUUUUAAAAAAUUUGCCAAAUACUAAUACCUAAUUUCUAUGGAUUAGAAAACACUUAUAGCCCUCCUCAAAAUCUCUCCCAAGAACACCCAAUUUCUACAAAGAAUUGCUUCUAAGCAUUAUAAAGCAAUUCCAACACCCUCUCAAAAUCACUCCCCCAUGGGUUCUAUAUGUUGUUGUGAAUUGCUAUAUUGUUCUUCAUUGAAAAGGUAAAGGAAAAAAAAGUUGCUCAUGAAAGUAUCCUAUCUGCUAAUUCACCUGAGAUCACUCAUUCUGAGAGAUCAUGCUACGUGUCUACACAGCCCUGCUCCUCUGAAAUUAGUCCCGGCUGCUCCCAAGGCAAUGCUCGGCCUGAGUGUGCCAAUGACAAUAGCCUGCAUAGCAGUCUGCUUGAAACAUCAAGUCACUACAAUGGUGAACAAGCUCACCAGUUAGCUCCUAAUUCAAGUGGUGAGACUAUUGUGGGCACAAAACAGUCAGGUGCUUCAGGCUCUUGGGACAUGUCUACUCAAGCUUGGAUGGAAAUAGAAUGGACACAGCAAAGCAAGUGUAUAAAGUGUGGUGAAGGUGGAGAGGUUUUGGUUUGUAGUGAUCGAGUCUGCCGGUUAGCUGUCCAUGAGAAGUGUAUGAACUGUUCUGCUGCAUUUGAUGAUAUGGGAGAUUUCUAUUGCCCCUAUUGCUGGUAUAGGUGUGCAAUAGCAAAGUCUAAUGAAGCGAGGAAAAGAGCCAUGUCCUCAAAGAAAGCUCUAUCAACUUUCUUAGACACAAAAGCAUUAUGUGGCAACCAACAGAAGGAAAAAACUAAGAGUAGCAAUGGGAAAAAACCUCCAUCUACAAGUGAAAGAAGUUGCAAUGAGAAUGAGUAUAGGUUGGAUUAUGAUGAAGUUUAUAAUCAGUCUGUACAAGCAGAGAAAGAUCAACAAGAUGGGUUUGCUCUUGAUUUUGAGCAGCAUCAGAUAGUGGCUCAACAUCAAUGGCACAUGAAGUCCUCUGUUGAUGACGGUGAUGGCAAUUUAUAUAGUAGAGAAGAAGGGACAACAUCAGCUGAUGGGUCAUUUCAGGGGUUUGUAGCAAACCAAAAAUUUGAUGGGGUGAAGCAAUUGGCAGCUGUAAAAGUAAGAGAGAUGAUACAAGAAGAGCAUUCUAGAGAAGUUGGUGACUGCCAAGAUGAGGGAGUUGCUGAAGAUCAACAGGAAGCAGAACCUUUGAAUGAUUGUCACUUGGAAGAAGAAACAACUUUAGAUGGUGAUUUUAGUGUCUUAACCAAAGGAAAGAAAGUUGAUGCAAAGAUGACUGAAGAGAAUCUUGGCAGAAGAGAGGAAGAAGAACAGAUGCAGCCACAAGCACAAGAAACUACCACUGCCAUACCCGGAGGAGAUCCCGCAUCACUGGUGCAUGAAAAAGUUAAUAUUGGGUUUCGAAUAAUAGAUUCAUGCAGAGGUGCUAGAACUUUGUUAACACAUCAGAGGCAUGUUGGACAAAGAGCUAAAAACAAAAUGGUGUCUCAAAAUGUUGAUUCACAAAAGAAAUCAUCUCCUGAUCUACAUAAUAAUGCAGAGAAGAAUGCUGGAGACGGGACUAAGGAAGUUAUUGUCUCUAGCAAGUCAAUACAACCUCGAGGGCCUUCUAAGCAGUUAACAAACCAAAUAUUUCCAAAUGAGAGGCGAAAGAAACUACUAUGGAAAACUGAUGAGGAAGAAAUGUUAAAGGAAGGAGUGCAGAAAUUCUCAGCUACUGGAGACAAAAAUCUUCCUUGGAGGAAAAUUUUGGAAUUUGGACGACAUGUAUUUGAUGGGACUCGAACCCCAGUGGACCUUAAGGAUAAAUGGAGGAAAAUGCUGGCCAAAGAAUCCUGAAGAGUUAACAGAGGUUUACUUUGAUUACAUAGUGUCUUAAGCACCCUGAUUAAUUUCAGCUACAAGGAAGUAGCUCUGAGGCUGCCUGUGACAUACAAGCAUGAUCUUGGAGGAUGUGGAACAUCCAUAAACAUUAAUUUUUGUUGCCCUGAACAAGUUAAAUAUUCUGGUUUUCUUUAAUGGAUGUGUGUGCUGCAAUGAGUCUGAAUGAGAGGCAUACAUGAAGAAUAUUACUACUGUGAAUGGUAGAAUUCUUUCUAAUUGGUGAAAAGUUUUACUCUGUUGGCAUAGAAGUUUUAAUGAAGAUACUUCACCCUAGUUACUCAACAGUCUGGUCACCAUGGUCCAUGGCCAUUCAUAGUUGUUGAUUUUUGAAAGGGACUUAUGACUAAUGAAUUUGGAUCCCAUGCAGGUUGACAGCAUGUUUUGGUAGCUUUCUGACUAGCCUGCGGUUGAACUGGUUUUGGGUGUUUGGCAUCAUUGAAUUUGUAGUCCUUUUCUAGCUGAAAGCAAAGUGUGGAUUCAUCUUGCAUUCUGCAUAAUGUACACAGAAGUGAACUGUCAAGACUCGGUCAGUAUAGUUUUUGCUAUGCCUUCCUUGCAUGAGCAGCCUUGAGGAUUCAUUUCACAGUUGAAGCUCCGGUACAUGUUGGAGCAGGGCCUCUGCAAGAGUUUCACUUUCUGUUUGCUCUUUUACUUGACUGUAAGAAUAUGGGAAUUCAGAUUGUAUUGAACCCAAAUGAUUGGUGUGAAUAACAGUUCAUCUGAGAUUGUUUUGAUAAA